AUGGCCACUCGGGAAGUGGUCACGAAGCGGUAGGCUGACCAAGUGCCCGUGCGUGUUGGUGUUCUAUUGUGUGUGUGUGUGUGUCAGUGUGUGGGGGUGGUUGUGUUGUGAAUCAUGGCACCGGUAGCAUCAUCAGCAGCAGCAUCAUUGCCACGAUUAUUACUGCACCGUUGUGGCUGGAUCGGUCCUGCCAGUGCGUUCGUUGCACCGUGUCACAGUAAGACCUUGCGACUGGCCGCUUCCAUCCACGCCUGAAUUCCCGUGCAUGUUGCGUGCAAGCAAGCGUCUCUUUGUACACCAUCCUGUCGCGUGUGUGAAGAGGUAUCGGUGAAGUGCAUCGUAAAUGAGUGUGUGUGCGUGUAUGUGUGUACGCGGUGUGGUAUGACGGUUCACGGCAGGAAAUCCAUACCAUACUAAACCCGCCCUGCUCGUCCUUCCCCCAAAACCCCACCAACCCGAGUUCCAGGACCAAAGGCCAACCAGUCGGCGACAAGGGUGGUUUUGCAUCAAUCAAACUUUCGAAACGCUUCUCACGUAAUUAUCCAACGGGAGGAAGAAAUAAUAAUCAAAAAGAAAAAAAAGGACAAUCUCCUCCCUGUGUUCGAGAGCAUACAGCCAAACGGCAAUAGAAUAGAACAGUUCGAUGUGUGUGUUGUAGGGGGUUGUGUGUCUGUGUGAUCUGUGAGACAGGAUAACCUUGACAAAAAGGAUAUUUCUAGCAAUAUAAUACCAGCGAAGAAUAAUCGCCAAUACGGGCUAUUUAGAUAUUCGGAAAAAAGGUAAAAUACAAGAAUUGCACGGAAGACAAGGAUACGACAAGUAAAACCCGAUCCAGCGGCUGGGUACAUACCCAUCCGUGCGGACGAUCCACACGAAUAUGGAGAGGUUUCUGUCGCUGCUACUACUGUGCUACGUACUGUACCAGAAGUUCGAUGGCGUCGUCAGUGAUCAGGUUGUAUUGUUGGACACCACGAAGGAGGCGACGCUGGAGUGGACCCGAUAUCCUUAUGGACCGCAGGCACAAACGCCCGGGUGGGUCGAGGAGUCGUUUACCAACUUCGUAAAGGGUAUCAACUGGCGCAGCUACGUGGUGUGCGAUGUGGCGUACAACAACGUGAACAACUGGCUGUGGUCACCGUUCAUCGACCGCGGACCGGCGAACCGGCUGUACAUCGAGAUCCACUUUACCAUCCGCGACUGUUCGCUGUUUCCCGGCAAUGCGCUCUCGUGCAAGGAAACGUUCAGCUUGCUGUUUUACGAGUUCGAUGCAGCGACCCGGGAACCGCCACCGUGGCAGCCGGAAAGCUACAAGCUGAUCGGGCGCAUUGCCGCCGGCGAGGGUCGGUUCAACCAGAACUCGGACGUGGACAUCAACGUGGAGGUGAAGAGUAUCGCCGUGACGAAGAAGGGCGUGUACUUUGCGUUCCGGGAUCAGGGCGCCUGCAUCAGUGUGCUGGCGGUGAAGGUGUACUACAUCACCUGUCCGGCGGUGACGGUUAACUUUGCGCACUUCAACGAAACCCCAACCGGGCGCGAAGUGACGAUCAUCGAGCAGCAGAUGGGCGUGUGCGUGGAGAACGCGGAAGCGUACGAAACGCCGACCUACCUGUGCAAGGGGGACGGCAAGUGGACCAUUCUGACCGGCGGAUGCCGGUGCAAGGUCGGGUACGAACCGGACGCCGAAAAGCAGACGUGUAACGUGUGCCCUGUCGGGAAGUUCCGGUCGGCGGAGGUGCGCACCUGCACAAUCUGUCCGCUAAACUCGAAAACGAACAAGGUCGGGUCACCGUUCUGUCCGUGUCUGAGCGGUCACUAUCGGCAUCCGCGGGAUGGCAAGCAUAUGCCUUGCUACAAACCGCCCGGCCCACCGACCAACCUGACGCUGCUGUUUAUUGAUCAAACAAGCGCCAUCCUGUCGUGGAAUGCGCCGCAACGGGCGGCGGACGAACAGCUCGACAGCAAGUUCCGGAGCGAUAUCGUGUUCCGGGUACGGUGUGCCGCCUGCACCUCCAACGUGGUGUUCAAUCCGUCAAGCGAAACGUUCAACGAUACGAAGCUGACGCUGACUAACCUCGAACCGGUUACGACGUACACGGUGCAGGUCCACUCCCAGCACGGCGUGUCCUACCCGAUCGUAGCCCCGGACGGGUUACACGGUGCUGGUGGGUACGAGAACGGUAGCACGGCGCCGGGUGCUGCCGGUGGCGGAUACCACCAAACCGAACCACCCAUGGUGAUGGUAAAUGCGCGUGCCGGCGGUUCCGGUUCCUCUUCCGAUCUGGACGACAUUAAGACGGAGUACGCCGAAAUUACGUUCACAACCGAAUCGGCCAUCCUCAGCACGGUGUUCAAUGUGAAAGUGGUACAGAUAACGAACAAGGAUGUCGAUCUGGUGUGGGAUAAACCGAUCCACAGCGAUUCACCGAUCGAGUACUACGAGGUACGGUGGUUCCCCAAGUCGGAGGUGGACGCGAUGAAUAAGUCGGUGCUGAGCACCAAGGAAUCGAAGGUGCACAUUGGCGACCUGCUCGAAAACACGGAGUACGGAUUCCAGGUGCGCUGCAAAACGCUCAACGGAUGGGGCACCUUCAGCAACAUCGUAUACGCUCAAACGCAUCAGAGCGUCAGUCCGGUGUACGAUGAUUCGUUCCAGAUGCGUAUUGUGGCCGGUACUACAGUGACCGUAGUGUUCAUACUGGUGCUGGUGAUCGUUAUCACGGUAGUAUUUCUGCGCUCGAAGAACCACGAUGAGAUUGACAAGAAAACAAACAAUCAUCUGCCAUUGCCGUUGGAUUACGCGAGCAACGAAGUACACGCAAUGGACACGACCCCGAUAGUGAAAACGAUGAAGAGCAAUGUGACCACACCGUUGUUCGGUACCAGCCGGAGCUAUGUCGAUCCGCACACGUACGAGGAUCCGAACCAAGCGAUACGCGAGUUUGCCCGGGAGAUCGACGCGAGCUACAUCACUAUCGAGGCCAUUAUCGGUGGCGGUGAGUUUGGUGAUGUGUGCCGCGGCCGGUUGAAGGUACCGCCGAACUUUGUGCAGGAGAUAGACGUGGCCAUCAAAACGCUCAAGCCGGGCUCGUCGGAAAAGGCGCGCUGUGACUUCCUCACCGAGGCCUCCAUCAUGGGGCAGUUCGAGCAUCCGAACGUGAUCUUCCUGCAGGGUGUGGUAACACGCUCGAACCCGGUUAUGAUCAUUACCGAGUACAUGGAGAACGGCAGCCUCGACACGUUCCUGCGCGCGAACGAUGGCAAAUUUCAGACGAUUCAGCUGAUCGGCAUGCUGCGCGGUAUCGCUGCCGGUAUGACCUAUCUGAGCGACAUGAACUAUGUCCAUCGGGAUCUGGCCGCACGGAACGUGCUGGUCAAUUCGUUGCUGGUGUGCAAGAUCGCCGACUUUGGACUGUCGCGUGAAAUUGAGAACGCGAGUGACGCGUAUACGACACGGGGAGGUAAAAUACCAGUCCGCUGGACGGCACCGGAAGCGAUAGCGUUCCGUAAGUUUACCUCCGCGUCGGACGUGUGGUCGUACGGUGUGGUACUAUGGGAGGUGAUGUCGUUCGGCGAGCGGCCGUACUGGAACUGGUCGAACCAGGACGUGAUCAAAAGUAUCGAGAAGGGCUACCGGUUGCCGGCGCCCAUGGACUGCCCGGAGGCGCUUUACCAGCUGAUGCUCGACUGCUGGCAGAAGCAGCGUACGCAUCGGCCCACCUUUGCCAGCAUCACGCAAACGCUCGACAAUCUGGCGCGGCAACCACAGGUACUGUUGACGACGCGCAACUCGCCGGAUAAUCCGGUCGCGCGCAUGGGCGCCGCCGGCGUACCGGAUGACCUCACGCAAGAGAUGCUAGCUGCGGCGGCAGCCGGUGGUGGUGGUGUGGUGGGCGUGCUGGGCGGUAGUUCGCAACAGCAGCAGCAACAGCAGCAGCAGCAGCAGCAGCGGGCCGCCACGUUGAUGAUGGGCGGUGGUAGCGGUACUACCGAGCGCGUGCUUAAUAAUGGUAGCAGUAUCACGAACGUGCCCGGUUCGAUGGGUACGCUAGGGUCGACGGUUGGUGGGCUAAGCAAUACCGGCACAAUGUCCGGCUCGGGCAAUCCGGGCAUCUUUAUCAGCACCGAUCUGUGGCUGGAGGGCAUCAAGAUGUCGCGCUAUUCCCAGCAUUUUAAGGAGGCCGGUCUCGUUACAGCACAGCAGCUUUCGCGGCUAACAGCUCAACAGCUUUCCGAUAUGGGCAUCACGCUGGUAGGCCACCAGAAGAAAAUACUCCAUCAGGCGCGACAGAUCGAUACCAUCAUUUAAGGCGCGUCAACAGUUUUUGUUUUUCAAGAUCAUUCCGUAAACACGCUAACACUUGGCACCAAGAAACGCGAUCCGGUUAAAGGCAUUUUACCCCAAUGCUGGACGCGGGUUCAAUGCGCAAACUUUGGUAAAUCUCCUCCUGGAAUAGGACGCUAGAUAGUUAGCUAGGUGUUUCCACAACCGGUUCAUAACCAACUUCCAAAUCAAAACGGAUUUUUUAACCAGUGUAUUGUCCACAGCCAGGGGUAGAAUUUACGAGCAAUGUGUAUGAUUUCAAAUACUCACUACAGUUAUAAUGUUUAAUUCCAUAAUCCAUUCGAAGCACAGACCGCAUCACGCAUUUACAUUACAGGCUGUUCUAUUUUUGAUAGGAACUUUUAUUUUGCAACGAAUUUUGUGUAGUUCACGAUCAGUUUAGGGAAGGUCACAUGCCACCACACCGAUUUCACUACAGUUGAGAUUGUUUCGGUUUAGUAUAUCGGGAAAUUAGUUCCGCCUGCAAACCUCCAGCGAACGCUGACCCAUAAACUCAGAAUACUCAGUGUGUGUGUGUGUGUUCAGUGAAACAAACGAAACCAACUACUCGCUUCAACUGCUAGAAGAACGCGAAACCCCGUCCACUAACCAAGGCAAAAACAAACAAUUCCUCCCCCAGUGUGUGGGAUGCGUGUUUAUACGGGGGUCACUAUUCUCACACGCGACAGUUCCCCGUCUCUGCUAGCACCUGCAUUUAUUUACCUAUUCCUGUGCCAGGACGGAUUUCGGCUUAGUUUCGUAAAAUCGAGCAUUUUGCGUAUACAUACAUACAAUCCUGAACGUGUUUGUAGAUUUACGCGCAGUAGAACAAUAGCUCGAUACAGGUUAAGUUAUGUGUGUUUUUUUUGUUUUAUUAAGUAGAGAAGAAAAUGUUCUCCCUUAUUUUUGUAUGCGCUCUUAAUUGCGUUACUUAAGCGUUGGCAUUUUUUAUACGUCUAUAUACAUUUUAGCUGGUAUCGAGAAGUCCUUUUGAAGAAGAAGAAAAAAAAACUUCGGACAGAGACUGACACACGGACUGAAGUGGAAUGGAAUGAUGUGAACUAUAUUUUAUAGCCAGGGAAAAAGGUAGUAGUUUUUAGUGGCAACAAGUAAUAGAAUGAUAAAAAGAAAUAACAGACAUGGAUGAAUGUAUGUGAGGUGUGAAAGACAGGAUAAGCGGAUGAUAUCAAAAGGCGUGCACAGAGUCAGAAGUGCAGUAUCGAAUGGUCAGAGAAAGGCGAUAGGUGGUUGCAUCAACAAUGUGAUUUUUAUACUCGGUAGUUAUUAGGUAGUCGGCUUUUUAUUUCGAUGUAGUUUUUUUUUAUUGUUUAUUUUAAAUGUUAGUUUCGUAAGCCUCCCCAAUGCUGCUGCUCCGGUUGCAAAACCGUACAUGGAUCAUCCAAGAUAAUACAUUCGUCCCUCCUGA